GGAGGCAGGGAGAGAGAAAGAGAGAGUUUUUCACAGGUAAACUGCCACCAGUCUUUUGGAGGGAGCGUCAGAUGAGAGAGAGAGAGCGAGAAGGAUAGCAGGACAGUCUGGGACUGAGGAGAGGAAAGCCGAGUGUCACAGGAACAAGCUGAGACGGAGGUACAGAGAGAGUGACUGCUGCCAAGCAGAAAGGAGCAAAACAGGACCACAUAUUUUGUGGAAAGUGUUUAUAUACGUCGGUAACCUCCCCUCUCAACCGUUGCCAUGGGGGAAAUGGAGCAGAUGAAAAAGGAGGCCGAUGGCCUGAAGACACAGAUUGAGGCGGGCCGCAAGGCUGCGGCUGACACUGACAUGGCCUCUGCAGCCUCUUCCGUGGCAGCUGCUCCCCGGGUCCAACUGAAGACCAGAAAGACAUUGAAAGGCCACUUGGCCAAGAUCUAUGCCAUGCACUGGCUGACUGACUCCAGGCAAAUGGUUAGUGCGUCACAGGAUGGCAAAUUGCUUAUCUGGGAUGCUUACAAUGGAAUGAAGGUGAAUGCGGUACCCCUCAAGUCCUCCUGGGUGAUGACCUGCGCAUAUGCCCCUUCUGGCAACCUAGUGGCCAGUGGAGGACUAGACAACAUGUGCACCGUGUACAACAUCAAGGCUGCCAGCCCAAAGACCCUCAGAGAGCUGGACGCACACACAGGAUACCUAGCCUGCUGCCGUUUCCUGAGUGACACUGAGAUCUUGACUGCCUCUGGAGACACCACCUGCUGUCUGUGGGAUCUGGAGACUGGCAAGCAGAAGGUGAUCUACAUGAACCAUGUGGGAGACUGCAUGUCCCUGGCCUUGUCUCCAGACAUGAACACCUUCAUUUCCGGAGCUUGCGACUCCCAGGCCAAGUUGUGGGACGUCAGGGAUGGCGGCUGCAAGCAGACGUUCAUCGGGCACACCAGUGACAUCAACGCCAUCCAGUUCUUCCCUAGUGGCAAUGCCGUGGUGACUGGCUCAGACGACUGCACCUGCAAGAUGUUCGACCUCCGCUCAGACCAGGAGGUGAUUGGUUACCAGGACACCACCCUGAAUGCUGGUGUUACGUCAUUGGCCCUCUCUCUGUCGGGACGUCUCAUCUUUGCCGGCUAUGAUGACUUCAACUGCAACAUCUGGGACUCGCUGAAGGGCGAGAAAGUUGGUGUACUGUCUGGCCACGACAACAGAGUAAGCUGCACUGGGGUACCUCCUGACGGCAUGGGCGUCUGCACAGGCUCCUGGGACAGCUUCCUGAAGAUCUGGAACUGAGCUGGAUCCUCCAGCGGCCACGCCGGGAGAGGGGGGGGGGGAGACAGGGGAGGAGAGCAGAGGAGAGAAGGGGCAGGUGGAAACAUCA